AUGAGUAAGGCCCUGGACCGCAUCUCCCAGUCGCCUUUCACGCGUAGAAUAGAGGGGGCAGAGCUUCCUCGACAGUUCCAUCAACUAACCUUUGCCAUAUACAAUGGUCAGACAGACCCAGUAGAGCAUGUAAGCCAGUUUAAUCAGAGGAUGGUUGUCCAUUCCAGGGACGAGGCGUUGAUGUGUAAGGUGUUUCCGUUCAGCUUAGGACCUAUAGCGAUGAGAUGGUUUUAUGGCCUUAAGCCAAAUUCCAUAAAUUCCUUUAAGCAGCUGACACAGGCUUUUGGUUCCCGCUUCAUUACCAACAGCAGAGUCCCUCGGCCCCUAGAUUCCUUCCUAUCCUUGUCCAUGCGAGAAAGAGAGACACUAAAGGCCUAUUCAGACAGGUACUGGGAAAUGUAUAAUGAGAUAGAGGGAAAUUACGAUGACAUCGCCAUUAGCACAUUCAAGAGGGGCCUGUCGACAGAGCAUGGUUUAAGAAAGUCCCUGAUUGGGAAGCCGGUCACUAGUGUGCACCAACUCGUGGAUAGAAUUGACAAGUACAAAAGGGUCGAGGAAGACCAGCAGACGGGGAAGGGCAAAGCGAAGGUUGUCCCUCAGGAGAGGAGGGACUUCAGGUCAGACCGCUUUAACAACAGUAACAGGCCGAGAAGAGACUACUCGAAAUAG